AUUCAAUGUUUGAAGGCAAUGCCGUUUUCUUCGUCUUAUACAUAUACAGCUCAAACCUGACUACUCCACUAGUCAUCUACUUGCAUAUCUGGUCUAUGCUACCUAUUUGCAGUUACUAUGGAUAAUGGAAGAGCUUCAAACUCGGUUCGAGGGUCGUGGCGCACUCGUCCCUCACAUGGCGGCCGUUCGCUUGGUCAAUUUUCUGCUACGGAUACCCUAGGUCGUGGAAGAGCUUCAAACUCGGUUCAAGGCUCGUGGCGCAGUCGUCCCUCACAUGGCGGACUUUCGCUAGGACGAGGCUCUACUUGGCAUAGGAGCAGAGCCCAAGUCCCCAGUGAAACAAUAGACACGACCCCUUUCGGUCGCCUUGUCACAAACAUCACUUUAGACGAUGCUUCAAGCUUUAUCACCAAGACCGAUAGUCCCAAGAUCAGCGACUGCAAAUAUAUAGCCUCGUAUUCUCUAAUGAAAGCUUCCACACAAAAAAUCAUCAUCCCAGGGCAACCAGCAACUUGGACACCUCUUGAAUUACCUUCCCGGCUUCCGGGUGAUCAAGGAGAAUAUCUUAGAGACCAAAAUGGAGCACGUUUUCCCGACUACCCUAUGCAACCCUCUGUUCAAUCUAUCUUUGCUCUAAACAAGGAAUUCGACCCGUCGAGUGUUGACAUCUUGGGCUGUGCUAGCUCUCUAGGAGACAUUCUCCGCUUCGUACGAUCUGUAGAUUUGACGUUCAGAUUUGAUGUUGAGAUAAUUGGCGAUACAUUAUUUCUAGUUCGCAACCAUCGCAACCAGGUCAUUCCUGAUGUGCGCGGAUACGGCCAUUCAUUCCUAAACGCCUUCCUCACACACGGGGCAGAGCUACAGGAAACCGUGUCUCACCAACGUAUAGUCUCCUAUUCCUUUGGCGGUCUGAAGUGUCUUGUCCGUUAUGAAUGCGAUGGGCAUUUCUCGGGUAGCGAAGAGAAGUCAAAGGCAACGGCCGGUGAAAAAAAGGUCUCGGGUUUCCCCAAGUUUCCAGCAUCUAAUUCAAUAACUAUGGAACCUGCCGGAAAUGUCAUACCUCAGGAGUCAAUCCUCGAGGUUAAAACCAAGUCCCAGGCGAGAGACCCCAUUGAUAUGGCCGAGCAUUUGCCUAGGCUGUGGCUCCGGCAAAUUCCUAGCCUAAUCACUGCAUAUCACCGCGCAGGGAACUUUGAGGAUGUUCAGGAGAAGGUCGUUCGAGAAGAUCUCCUUAAAUGGGAAAGUGAUCACGAACUCGAACUACGAAAGUUUGCUUCAAUUCUACGCCAACUAAUCAUCGAGGUCAAGCGAGCAAGCCAUUUGAAACUUGAGCUAUGUCGAACCGGCUUGGGGCCACUAGAACUAAGAGAACAAAGUGAAAAGCCUCGUGAAGCACUCCCAAAUGAAUGGAGAGAGAUGUGGACCGAGCAACGACGAGAGCCGACCAGAGAUAGCAAAUCUUAUUUGAGUGAUGAUGAGGAUGGUGAGGGAAGCUACCCUGAUUACUUAUCAUCGAAAGAUUGGUCUGACGAAUCAUAUGAUUUCGAUGAUGAUGUUGCAUUGGAUUACACAGCCUGCGAUGUCGAAUGCGGGUACUGCGGUCGCUGUGAUUAUUGAAAUGAGGGGGGGGGGGGCGGUAUCAGGCCUCAUUACAUGCAUCCCUAUCUGCCUGCCUGCCUGCCUGCCUGCGUGAUACGACAUGAUUUAAUAUAUCCAUGGGUGUCUCAGUACUUCGGCACAGUGCGUUUAUGUGUGCGUUUAUCUGAUUGGGUUGGAGAGCUUGCGGGCCUGUGUGUUAAGAGUAGAUUGGCUGGGAAAGCUGUUGAGACACAAACAGAUUCUGAAGGCCGCAUGGUUGACCCCCAAAUUUGGAACCCCCCUCUCAGAAGCACCAGCUACGAUGGUAGAUCAAAGUCUUUCACUUCCUGAAUAUCAUGCUUCUUCAUAUGCUGCAAUGUAUU